AAGUUUUGUCGCCGUGUCGCUAUGAAGGGCAUGGGCACUGGCAUGUUUUCGGGUAGCCAUGCGGUUGGCUACGCCUAUAUGCUUAUCAGCACCACCAGCUUUACAGGGAUGGCAGCAGUUUCGAAGAUCAUUGGAUUGAGAGCAUCCACGCACGAGAAGGUGUUCUGGCGAUCUUUGCUCUCAAUCCUCUUCACUCUCUCCAGGGGCAAGGCCUUCGCUUCUCCCAAGCGCAAGUGGCUCUUGCUGCUGCGAGGUCUGUGUGGACACAUCGCUUUGUCAGCUUAUCUGGAGUCCUUAGAUCGCAUCCCUCUGGCUGAAGCGGUUUUCCUGGGAAAGGUGCAUCCUAUGGCUGCGGCCAUACUUUCAUACAUCUUUCUGGGAGAAGCUCUGAGUAUGGCUCGUGCCAUCGGCAUUUUGGUGUCCUUUUUUGGGGUGACGAUGAUUUCGAAACCUUCCUGGGCCGGGUUGGUCUCCGGUGACCUGUUCGGCCAUUUCUUGGCCUUGCUGGCAGGUGCCUUAUCUGGAGCAGCAUAUUGCUGCGUGCGCUGCCUGUCACGCAACGACAGCGAGGAUGAAAUGUGGACCUUACUGGCGCUUCCACUGGUUUCACUGCCCUUCUGUGCCAAAGAUGCUUGGUUUGGGGCCGCCAAACACGAAGCAAGCACUUGGGCAUGGCUGUUGAUGCUUGGACUUUGUACUCAACUGGGCCAGGUCUUUUUGGUGCGUGGCCUCAAGGUGUUGCCUGCAGCCUCUGGCACUCAAGCCAUGUACUUCGGCACACUGUCCGGUGUGGUACUGGGCAGUGCCCUUGGGGAAGGUUUGCCAAGCCUUGAAACCUCCCUUGGUGCGGUGUUGAUCAUUACAUCUCUGCAACUGGCGGAGUCAGCCGAGUCUGAAGGAUCCGAAUGCAGCACCCACAAAGACAAGGUGAAAUGAUGUGGUCUAUGGGUGUGUCCCAAAAGAUGGCGUCCUUGCUUUAAAUAGACCAUUCAAACAUAUUCAAACGGUGGAUUUUGGGCACCCCAAAGAGGGUGCCCAAUUUUUGGACCCACCCAAAGGACUUGCAGCAAUUGCUUCAAAAAACAGUCCGAGGAUGUUCACUGAUUUUCAGGAUUCGUGUAU